UUCCCUCUAUUCCCUCCACCCCAUUCUAGCGCCGAUCGGGGCAGAGCAGAACAUAACGUAGCGGAGGUGCCGUCUCCGAUCGCGAAGUCUGCCAGCUGGAAGCCAUGAUUCGGGCGGUGAUAGUGAUGAACACCCAGGGCAAGCCCCGCCUUGUCAAGUUCUAUGACUUCCAGCCACCGGAGAAGCAGCAAGAGUUGAUCCGCAGCGUCUAUGGAGUUUUAUCCGAGAGAGCAGACAACGUUAGCAACUUCGUCGAGGCAGACGCAAUCUUUGGCCCGGGUACUCAGCUGGUGUACAAGCAUUUUGCCACUUUGUAUUUUGUUUUUGUGUUUGAUAGUGCUGAAAAUGAGCUAGCUAUGCUUGAUCUUAUACAAGUGUUCGUUGAGACACUGGACAGAUGCUUCAAGAAUGUAUGUGAGCUGGACAUGGUGUUCAAUUUCAACAAGAUGCAUAUGCUUUUAGACGAGAUUAUAUUUGGAGGCCAAGUGUUGGAAACUAGUUCUGAGCAAGUGUUGAAGGCCGUGGAGGAGAUUGCAAAGUUAGAGAAAUCUUCAAGUGCAAUCAGUCUCGUUCCCAAGUCUGUUUCAGCAAGGUUCGGCCGCUAGUUUUGACAGGUGCAGUUAAGACUAGUGCCAGUUCUUUUUGAAGUCUGGGUAUUGGAUCACGUCGUCUCACUUAAACCACUUAAUCAAGUUGAUUAGGAGUGUCGACGAUGUUUUCUGAUGUCAAUGCAGUAACUCCAUUGCUGAGAUGCAAUUUCUUCUAAUUCUCUGUUAUUGAAUAAAACCGUGAAGAUAUGUCAACUUUAUUAAUGGCAGAAAUUUGAUUGCCAUUGGUGAGUCACAGUAACAAUGAAAAUGGCUCUUUUAGUGAGAUUAUGUGAGCAAAUGCCUGAACCAAAAUAUAUUAUUGGUAUGAGAGCUUGUACUUGAAAUCUGAAAUGUAAUAAGGAAAGCCACUAUGUUUACACCCA